AUGCACAGUGAAGCCAUUCCUGUAAAUUGCAAUGGGACUAGUUUGCCAGCAGCAAGCACUGCGAAGUACCUCGGAGUUCUGCUGGACAGCUCCCUCAACUGGCAGAAACACGUGGACAGCAUCGCCAAGAAAGUAUCCCAGAAGAUCGGGGCGCUCUGGCGAUCUAGGCGAGCAUUAAGUCUGAAGGCCCGUACACAGUUCAUGAAGUCCAUCAUCAUGCCUGAUCUGCUGUACGGGUCGACAGCAUUUUUCGCCUGCCUGCGACAGGAGCAAGUCUCUCGCAACCGAGCUGCCAGGGCAGUGUUUGGCCAGCCACCCCGCUCUCAUGCUCAACCCCUCCUGACCAGCUUGCAGCUCUACAGCAUUCAGGAGCUGCACAAGCAGAAGAUGCUGAGGUUUGUGUGGCGUUGCCAGCACAAUCGAGCCAGCCCAGCCCUCCAGGACAAGUUUCGAAGUGCUCAUGGAAACACCACCCGCCUCCAGCAAGGACAGGGUUUGCGCCUGCCGCUAGCCCGGUCAGCAGCAGGGACAUCCCGUCCAUCGCACUGUGGUGCCAUCCUCUGGAACACCCUCCCCAGCGAAGUUCGCCUACUCAAUCGUCCCAGUGAAUUCGCCGUAGCUGCACUGCCCUUCACGCUGGCGGGCUAG